AUGUCGAGACUGAACGAGGCGCUGCAGAUUCGUUUGCCUCCUGUUCUCAUUGGGGGUUGUCAGUUUUGCCCAAUCGUCACAGUUGGGCGAUUUCAAGAUGGGCAGGAGGUUGUGUUUUCUUUUCAUAUCAAAUUAGCCAUCCAAACCGGACAUCGAGGCCGGUCUGUUCGGACAGUGGUCCUCUCGAAUCUGCCUGCCCGGCCAGGUUGCGUGUGUGCAGAUGGACUCCCACCAGCGAUGGUGCAGUUGGGUGAGGAGGUGAGACUGAAGCCCUCCUGUGCCGCCGAGACAUUUGAGAUGAUUGAGAAAUCCCAUCAGCCUGGGUCAAGGCCUCCCUCUCUGGGACUGGGUCUCAUCAACACGCCCCAGGGGAUUCGAGCUCGGGUGGUACAUGACAAGUGGCGGUGUCAUCCAUCAUCAAUUCGCGGGUAUGGCUAA